CUGUGAACCCACUCUUCCUGCAACAAUAACAUAAACAUCUAAAAGGGAGGAGGUUGUGAUUGGCUUGAGAGCGACCAAUGACAUUGCAGCAAUAGGGUUUCCUGGAAGACACAGCAGCUCUGCGCAGCCUCCUGAUACGUUACCUGGCCAAGAUCAAGCCCAGCAUCUCAUUGACUUUCCAUUUCCAACCAGAAUUUAGGCUCAUUGUGUCCUUUUAGCUCGAACAGUCAAGGUGGUCCUCUGCAGUUUGCUUUAUUCACAGACAAAGACAAGGAAACAUGGCUGUUGCAAACUUGCAAUACAUAACUCGGAUGAGCAGUGGCUUCAAAGUCUACAUCUUGGAAGGUCAGCCCAACCUAAGAAGUGAAGAUAGAUACAGGCAUAUGACAAAUGAGAGAGUUCGAGUACCACCAGUGCAUCCAGUCAAGCGCAAACACAGCUCUGAGCGUGGCCUAACAUUGGAAGAAAGGCGAGAGAGGGCACAGAGCAAAAGCAACAUGAGAAGUGCUCAGAGGCCAGCUGUGUUUAGUGUUCCCCAGAGCCCCACAUCCUCCUGGAGCCCAACCCCAAGCCCCACAUCCUCCUGGAGCCCAACCCCCAGCCCCACAGGUCAUCUUCCCCAUCAUGUGUAUCCCACACCACCUAUGGAUGAACCACUGGACCUAAUUAAGAAACCAAGGAAAGAGCCUGAGAAGACAGAGAAGAAAACCAAAAGCACUACAUCCACCGAUCAGAUACAGAUGCGUCCUUCUGUGAUCACCUGUGUCUCRUCCACAAGAAAGCCCACCUGCAGAUCUGAGAUCCGCAGCAGCAGCCACUCCUCCACAGUGCUAUAUAAGCACAGCUAUGACCAUGUGGUGGAGGAGCAUUUCAAGAGAAGCCUGGGGAUGGACUACCAAAGGGCCAGCUCCCGCCAGCUCUCCAUCAGCGUUUCUGUGGAUGACCACUUUGCCAAAGCCUUGGGAGGGAAGUGGCUUGAGAUCAAAUCUAAAUCCUCCUCGUGCUCCUCGUCUACAUCCUCACCACCCAGCAGCCCAAGUGUCACUCACUCCCCCAGCUACAGCCACAGCCCAAGCCAAGCUCCCAAAGAGUCUCCAAGUACCACUACUCCCACCUCCAGCUUCUGGUCAGUCAAAUAAUACUACAGAGACCUUUCCUGGAGAAAGAAUGAACUUUGAGUAGCUUUUUAUGCAAUACAACAGCAGGUCCAUGCUUUUCAACGAAUGAAAGCACAAAGGAAACCGUUAUUGAGCAAGGUUAGACUAGAGAACGGGAAUGCAGGAAUACUUACCUACUCUAUGGUUGAACCAUUGAGAGCAUCUCUAUGAGUCUAUGCCCUGUUUGUGGAAAGGGGGUUUAUUGGUCUAAUUUCAAGGGACAAGCAAAUGUUACAGUGAUGUGAUGUCUUUCUUUCUCUUAAUUUCUGUCCCAGACUUUUUAAUAGCGUAUCUAUCUCUGAAAUAGAUGGCCAUUAUAUUUCAGUAAAUGUGUCAUAUUUCAUGCGGUGAAGAUGCCACAACUUUCAUGAUUGUGUAUUUAUACUGUAUGUUUUUAACGAACCUGGAUCCUAUUUUCAGUCUACUAAACUACUGUGCUAAUCUACUGUACAAAAAAAAUCACCAAACCUGUUCAAUACAGUAACUUUGUGUUUUUGUAUAAAAUCAACUUAAAAAUGACAAUUCAAAAAUAAAAACCUAUUUGUGACUGGAUAUUACAAGUUGAGGCUUUAUUAAAUAAAACAUACUUAACUUAAAUUAACAAUAUUCUUGUAUGAAAAGCAACCUGGUGAUUUACGAAAACAUUUUGAAUGUGCAAUUUUUAUAUGAUGUACUUUGAAAAAUAUGGAGUGCUUUGAACACUGAUAAAAUGCAUUAUAUAAAUUCAAUUCAAUAUAAUUACCUCCCUGGAGCCUAUGACUGUGAUUGUUGUACAUACUUUAAAAAAUGCAAGUGCCACUGACUUACAAUUACAAAUACUGGUAUGCUUUAUGACCUUACGUUAAAGAAGACAAGGUCAGAAAGGUUGGUUAUGUGUCACUUACACGUCUCAGUAAAGAAGUCAGAUUCUCAUGUGAAUACUACUCCUGUAGACAUUCAAGGUAGCGUUCCAGACAGCUUAAUUUCAGUAGUGAGUCACUGUGUCUGGGGUACAUCCUUUAUAGUGUGCACGUACACCACGUCACAAGAUGGAAGCAUUAUGGCAUUCAGCACUUGAUUCUUUGCGGAAAGGGAGAUGUUUAUAUACCUUUUGGCGAUUGAGUCAUGGCAGCAUUUAGGGGGGMUUGAAUCCCUAUUCCUCCUGGGUUUAAAACUAAAGAAAGGUGAAUACUCGUCCUCAAUAGGGGCUUUUUUCUGGGAGAUUUUGGGAAUGUCAGGAGCAUGUCCCAGCAGGCUUGUGUUCAAGCAUUCCUGUCUCCUGAGAAAAUUAUUCACAAAGAUCCUACAGAUCCUGUUUGGCAAGGGAAUGUAGAA